UUUAAUCAUGACAACAGAGAAGAGUCUAGUGGCUGAGGCCGAGAAUCAUAAGCAGCAGCAGCAAAAAGAGGAGGAGGUAGCUGCUGAAACACAGAAGCAAGAGGCUUCUUUGGAGGAGGCUUCCCAACAGGCAUCUGAGGGGCAUAAUCAAACCGGACAGAAACAGAAGGCAUCCAACGGUGAUACCCCCACACACGAAGACCAGAGCAAGAACAAAGAGCGCUGCACUUCAGAGAGUCGGGGCCUGUCGCGCCUAUUCUCAUCAUUUCUCAAAAGGCCCAAGUCUCAGAUUUCUGAAGAAGAAGGCAAAGAAGUGGAGAUUCCACAAGAGGAAGGUGAAGGAGGUCAGAAAGAGACAGAUCUAGGAGCCAAUCCUGAUGAAGAAAUCCUAUUGAAGGCCCCAAUAGCAGCUCCUGAACCUGAACUCAGGACUGACCCAUCUUUAGAUCUUCAUUCACUAAGCAGUGCAGAAACACAGCCUGCUCAGGAGGACAGGAGAGAAGAUCAAGACCCCGAGAGCAGAGACCUUGAGAUUAAGGAAGGAGACGGAGUGCAGGAAGAGUGUUCCAAGGCAGAGUUGAAAAGAGAGGGACCUGAGACAAAAACAGGCCAAGAAUUAAAAACCACCCAGAAAUCAGUAAGAAGACACAGAAAUAUGUACUGCAAGGUUUCCUUGCUGGAUGACACCGUUUACGAGUGUGCUUUGGAUAAACAUGCCAAGGGUCAGGAUCUGCUUAGAAAAGUAUGUGAGCACCUCAAUCUUCUGGAAGAAGACUACUUUGGACUGGCCAUAUGGGACUCUCCAACUUCCAAGACAUGGCUGGAUUCUGCCAAAGAAAUAAAAAAGCAGGUUCAUGGAGGCCCCUGGAACUUUACAUUCAAUGUGAAGUUUUAUCCACCAGAUCCAGCACAGCUGACAGAGGAUAUAACGAGGUAUUAUUUGUGUCUUCAGCUUAGACAUGACAUUGUUACAGGGCGUCUGCCUUGUUCCUUUGCGACACUGGCCCUGCUGAGUUCUUACACAGUCCAGUCUGAAUUGGGAGAUUAUGACCCGGAGUUACAUAGCGCAGAUUAUGUCAGUGAGUUUAAACUGGCCCCAAACCAGACAAAGGAACUUGAAGAAAAAGUCAUGGAACUACAUAAAACAUACAGAUCCAUGACUCCAGCACAAGCAGAUCUUGAAUUUCUUGAGAAUGCAAAAAAGCUAUCUAUGUACGGAGUUGACCUUCACCAAGCCAAGGACUUGGAGGGAGUUGACAUCAUUCUGGGAGUCUGUUCCAGUGGCCUUCUUGUCUAUAAAGAUAAACUGAGAAUCAACCGCUUUCCUUGGCCCAAAGUGCUGAAGAUUUCUUACAAACGCAGCAGCUUCUUCAUUAAGAUCCGCCCAGGGGAGCAUGAACAAUAUGAAAGUACUAUUGGGUUCAAACUACCUAGUUAUCGGGCAGCUAAGAAACUGUGGAAAGUCUGUGUUGAACAUCACACUUUUUUCAGGCUAACUUCCCCUGAAGCACUUCCCAAAAGCAGGUUCCUGGCACUGGGCUCUAAAUUCCGUUAUAGUGGACGGACACAGGCCCAGACAAGACAAGCUAGUGCCUUGAUUGACAGACCUGCUCCACAGUUUGAACGAACAGCAAGUAAACGGGCAUCUAGAAGCCUUGAUGGAGCUAAAUAUACGUCUCAAAAAAUUGAGGUCAGACCUAUAUUGGAGGAGAAGCAGGAGGAUGUGGUGAUGGUUGAGAUUCCAGAAUCAAAACCUGUGGAACAGUUCCGAGAGAAGCCAGCCAAAUAUACUUUUGAAAAUAUUGAGAUGAAACCAAUAGCAGAAGAAGAGGAAGAGGAGAAAGUGGAGGUGUUUAAGGUUACUGUUCCAGAAUCAAAAUUAAUGGAACCAUUCCAAAAACAGCCAGUCAUACAUGUCCGUGAAAAUAUUGAGAUAAGCCCAGUAGACGAAGAUGAGGAGGAAAUGAAAGUGGUGAUGAAAGAUCUAGAACUAGAGCCCAAAUUUCUGGAACCAGUGCAAAAGGAGCCAGCAGUAGCGGUGGCUACACCUGACCGAAGCCCACGGCCCACCUCUGCACCAGCCAUUGCUCAGAGACAUGUUGCUGAACCUACCCCACCAGCUGCGUCAGAUACCAAGGAAAUAGUAGUAGUCUCUAAAGUGGAGAAGGAAGCUGUGGAAACUGAGGGAAAGCAUGAAGAAAUGCCACCUGAGAAGGCCAAGAUGGAGCCAUCUGAAGUGGCCAAGGUGGGGAAAACACACAUGGAGGUCACAUUGCCUACCACAAAUGGUGACCAGCCCCAGAAGCCUGCAGAAAAAGAGGAAGAUCCGAUAAGAAUGAGGAAGAAAAGAUCAAAGAAACUAGAUGGUGAAAACAUUUAUAUCAGGCAUAGCAAUUUAAUGUUGGAGGAACUAGAUAAAACUCAAGAAGAAAUAAAGAAACAUCAUGCUAACAUCAGUGAGCUGAAGAAGAACUUUAUGGAGUCCGUCCCCGAGUCCCAGCCUAGUGAAUGGGAUAAGCGCCUGUCUACUCACUCCCCCUUCAGAACAUUUAACGUCAAUGGGCAGGUCCCCACCGGAGUGGAAGGAGUCAAGAAAGCCACUAUCCUAUCCUCUGAAAGACGGGUUGGUGGGCCAGAGUCCCCCAGCUACUUUCUCCCUGAUACUCAUCACUUAAGGGUGUGCAAAGAACCAGUCCCAAAAUAUAAGACUGAUCAAAGGAGGUUGGAUCAACUGAGAGAGCUUAGGGCCAAAUUUUUUCUUUAGUAGAUGUACCGGGGUUGACCAUGCUUGGCCAGCUGAAAGGAUGGAAAGCAUUUAUUGAAUAAACUGCAAUAAAAUUUUCCCAAACGUUUUUCACAAGUGCUAAAGCAUUUUUAUGAUACUGUGUUCAUUAUAAUUUCACAUUCUUUAGAUUGUGAAGACUCAGAUGCACUAAAAUGUAAAACAAAAGUCAGGGAGUUUGGAAUGUUACUACUAAAAACAUUCAUAUUCGAUACUCCUGAUUUCUAAGGGAUUGAAUAUUUUGCAUUCAUAACUACAGUAUCAUUUUGAAAAAAGUGGAAAUUUUGAUACUAUCUUCAUUUGCAAAAUUUUCAAAACUUUCAAAACAAGAUUUUAUCAUCUGCAUUAAAAUCUAGAUGUCAAACCUUAUGAACUAAUGUCACUUUUAGGGCCAGUAUAGUACAGGAAGUUAUAAAAGACUGCAUUUUUUAUACUACCAUUUCUAUUUGUAAUACAACAACAUUAACUUUUCUCAACAAUUUCAAUUGUGGAACACUUAAGUGCUAGAUUUUAAAUUAUCCUUCUCUCAAUGGGAAAUUGUGAACACGCAUGAACAUGGCCCUAAGAUUAGUGGAUUUUAUGGAGAUGGUCAUAUUCAGAAGCUAAGCUAGAGGAUAUUACUGAAGUGCUUCUAUCCUGAUUGAGCCUCCAUAGAAUUUGUCCUUUACAGCAGUCCUUUUUGUCCUUUACUUGCCAAUUUAGUAAUAAAAUAUUGAUCAGAGCCUCUGGAAGACCUGUCCUAACACUUUGUACAUCCCUAAGUACCAUUUUGAGCACUUCCCAUCUGUCAUUUUUGUUCAUCUCUCUGUCUUUCUUGAUCUUCUACCACGAAAGCAGACACAGGAACGUCCUCUGUUAGUACAGGAUGAAGACAAAAUAAAAAAGCAGAUGUCUACUGAGACAGCAUUGCCCCAGCAAGCAAAAGAAGACAUUCUUCCAAAGGUUUCUAUUCCAAUUCCUGAGGAGCAGAAAUCACUCAAAAAGUGCCACCUGUACUCUAGUACUUUUCCUUCUCUGCACAUUCCCUUUAUGAUGUCCCUUUUUGUGAUCCUUGCACUAACUGUGUGGUGGUUGGUCUUUCUGUGAUUGGAAACAGGGUGCCUAAUUGAAACCUCAUGACCACAGCUCUUGAAUUGUUGACUGCAUCUUCUACUGUGUCUUCUAUGUGUUGCGUUCUGAUCUCCAUAGUUCAUUGUCCUAUGAACGCUCUGCAACUAUGUUUUUGAUCAUAAUAUUUUACUUGGUACAGUGUAUGAUUUGGGAUUCUAAAGGAGUGGCAAUGGGUUGCCAGACCUGCAGUAAUGCACUGAAAUUUGAGCCCUGGUGAUCCAUAGACUAAAUUUUAAAAAGCAUGUUACCCAUUGAGUAUCUAUGUGAAAGUCUUUAGCACUGAAGUGGACAUGCUGACGGUGGCUAUUUUGCUUCUGUACACUUCAAAGACUUCUUGCACAGCAGUUCAUGAAAAGACUUGAUUGAAGAUUACUCUUAUUCUUAAACCCAGCACUUGUGUACAUUUAUAGUGUUUAUGGUGGGGAAAAUUCUGUCUCAAAUAUUUAUUCAAAAGACUUAAGAUAAUUCACAACACUGUACAGAGUCUGAUCCAUAACCACUCCUUUUCUAAGAAAACAGUAUUAGCAUACAAAUAGCUUUUUUCUUUAAUUUAAAAAAGGCUUGGUGUCAGUGACUGUUUUAGGGAUAAUUCCUAUAUGUACAUAGGGACAGAUUACUUCAACUGUCCCCUUUAUAGAAGAUCCUUUUCAGAUCUUACUACUGUCUUUGCACGAGCAUCACUGCUUACCUUUCAUAGCUGAACUCUCCUCUGAAUGAAAAUACUGUCUAACUUUUCUUUUGGGGGGAAAAAAACCCUCAUUAAAAGCAGUACUUAUUUAUUGUAAGGUUAAAUUAAUGUUUCCUGAAUUUGACUCCAUUGGUGCACUGUAGAUAUAUGUUCUUUCAAUUUGUGUUGAACUCACUGAAGUGUGUGUACUAAUGGUCAUAUAAAUGGAAGUAACAUGCUGUUAAAUACACAUCCUGUGUCUGCAUGUUGACUAAUAGUAUUGUUGUUAAGUUUAUCAAAACAUGUAAAAGAACAGUAUGUCCAGAUCAUAAUUGUAGUGUUAAGACAAAUAUUAUUUUGACUUCUUUAA